AUGGCGACCACGGAAGGUCUCAGGAGGGAUCACGGGGAGGGACGAAGUGGCUCAUCAGCAGCAACUUGGAGUGCAUACGGAGCCGCCGCCGCGCCACCACCCGCGGCCACAAACUCCACUCCCGCAACGGGCGGAACUAACGGCAGAUGGAGACGAGAGCCAGGAGCAGGUGCAGAGACAGCGGGACGUGGAUCUGAGGUGGAGGCGCAGCGACAGGCGGUGGACUCACGGGGGGCACAGCCGGAGGAGGAGCCUCGUGGGCUGGCGAGGCGUGCAUCGAACUGCUCUGGCUCUGCGCCGCCCUCGACACUUCCCGCUGAAGAUCCGCCAUCGUCACAGGCGGGCGGUACCCCCCACCCCCGCCGCGAGCGCGGGGACCCCUCCAAUCCCCCUGACUUCCGGGUUGAGCAGGCCAGUGUGACUGCUGCUGGUAGCGCCGCGGAGAAUCACGCCGGCAACGAGACGACUUGCGCUCCUGGUGGGGCGCGGGGGAAUGAGGGCGCGAUGGGCGACGGUCAGGUGACGGAGGGCGCGACGGCUGACAUGCCGGGGCCAUCGGCGUCCCAGCAGGCGCGGACUGACCCGCUCCCGAGGGCGCAACCGACAGACCCGGUCCGCCAGUGGUGGCGGACGCCGCCUUCGGUGAUGAAGAAGAGGCCGGAGCAGGCUCGCCGGGGACAGAAGCAUGCGGUACAAUAG